CUAAUUUAUUGAAUUGGUAAAUAUGUAUAUACACAUACAUCAGUGACUCGCGUGGCUCUCACACUGCUGAGAUGUGAAUAAAAUCAGUUCCUUUUGCUUUCUGUUCUGAACAUGUUCAGGUCCUGCUGCGCUCUCUCUGCAAAAUGAAGUUAGUCUGUCUCACCGAUCUUUGCGUAAGGAGAAUGAAGUAGGAAGCAAUUUUCUCCCGCGUGAAAUCAUAAACCGCCAGCUGAUAAGUCAGCCUACAGAUGAUCAGUCUAACAUAAAGGGGGGUGUCGGUGAUACGGGGGUGACGUCAGGAGCGGGGAGCCGCGGCGCCGCUGAGCUCAGAGCAGGACAGGCAGAACCACCAGCAGUGCCAAGGAGCGCGCGCGCCCUUUCUCUCUCUUCCCCCAAACUCCUUCGCGAGCCAGAGGAGCGGAACCGGGAGCCGAGCGGGAGCGGAAGCGGCGCGGGGCAUGAUGAACAACAGGUCUGUGACUCCGCGGCUCGUCGGGGCCGGAGCCGUGGACCACGAGCUCGUCAUCACCUCCACCUUCGGGACCCUGCUGUCCGUGGUCUACAUCAUCGGCGUGUCCGGGAACGUGUACACGCUCGUGGUGAUGUGCCACUCCAUCCGCUUCGCCACCUCCAUGUACAUCUCCAUCAUCAACCUGGCGCUCGCGGACCUGCUGUACCUGUCCACCAUCCCCUUCGUGGUGUCCACCUACUUCCUGAAGGACUGGUACUUCGGCGACGUGGGCUGCCGCAUCCUCCUCAGCCUGGACCUCCUCACCAUGCACGCGAGCAUCUUCACGCUCACCGUCAUGUGCACGGAGCGCUACCUGGCCGUUACGCAGCCGCUGGACACGGUGCGGCGCUCCAAGAGUUACCGCAAGGCUCUCGCGUGGGGCGUGUGGCUGCUGUCGCUCGUGCUCACCGUGCCCAUGAUGGUCAUGGUGGCGCAGACGACCAAGAAGACGUCGGACGGCGGCGUGAAGAGGAUGUGCGCGCCCACGUGGGCUCCCCUGGCGUACAAGGUGUACGUGACGGUGCUGUUCGGCACCAGCAUCAUGGCGCCGGGCCUCGUCAUCGGCUACCUGUACGUGCGCCUGGCGCGCACCUACCUGGAGUCGCAGCGCAACGCGGCCAUCAGCAGCGGCGGCAGGCGCUCCCCGAAGCAGAAGGUGCUCAUCAUGAUUUUCACCAUCGUGCUGGUGUUCUGGGCGUGCUUCCUGCCCUUCUGGAUCUGGCAGCUGCUGCCGCUGUACCACGCCGAGCCGCUGAGCCUGGCCUCGCAGACGCACACGUGCAUCAACUACCUGGUGGCGAGCCUGACGUACUCCAACAGCUGCAUCAACCCGUUCCUCUACACGCUGCUCACCAAGAACUACCGGGAGUACCUGAAGAACAGGCACAGGAGCUUCUACAAGUACACGUCGUCGUUCAAGCAGCGGCCGCCCAGCCUGCACUCCUGGGGCAAGUCGGCCUCCUCCAGCAACCAGUACGAGUUCAACUCCGAGACGCUGGUGAUGGGGACGCUCAGGUGACUUCUUUCUUGGAGGAGGUGGAAAGAUGGCUCCUAGGGACAAGAAGUGCUACAGGGCUCGUCCGAGCGCACGGGGAAGCAACGCGGUCGGCGGACGCCUCAGGGCAGGGAGGGGUCGGAGAUGGCGUGACUGGGGUCACA